GAACCAGAUGCACAGUUUUUUUCACUUCAGAUGCACUCAUAGUGGCUUGGUUGUUGGUGGUGGUUUCCUCGUCUCCCACACUCACAGUGGUCGUCGAUAUACUCGGUGAUGACACUGGUGACGAGAACCAAGGUGAAACUAGUAUUGACGCUCUUCAUUGCUGGUGGUAUUAUUCAUCUAGCCAUUGACAAGGGUCAGUCUAUCUAUGAGAACUUCGAUCGAAUUAGCUCCUAUGUCGACAAUGAUCCGCUCGAGUCUGUUCUUCAAAAUACAAUCACACGCCCACCACCAGCGAACAUCAAUUUGAUAACAUCAAAGAAGUUCAGUGAAGAUUCUCAAAUCGCUUCUCAAAAUGACCUGAUCCUCAAUGCUACCGCAGCCGACGAAGAUAGUUGGGCGAACCAGACGUACCCGCUCACUCUGCAGAGCUCAGCGCUAAAGCUAUGUCCAAUAACACCGCCAAAUCUUGUUGGUCCAAUUCGUGUGUGGAUGGACUCACCGUCAAUGGCGAAACUGCAGAAGUUGUAUCCAUAUCUGGAACCAGGUGGUCACGGACAACCUAAAGAGUGCAGAUCAAGGCAUAGGGUUGCUAUAGUUGUGCCUUACCGUGAUCGUGAAUCUCAUCUUCGCAUUCUGUUACAUAAUUUGCAUUCAUUCCUCACCAAACAACAGCUCGAUUACGCCAUCAUAAUCGUUGAACAGAUGGCGAAUCAAACAUUCAACAGAGCCAAGCUAAUGAAUGUUGGUUUCGCGGAAGGCAUGAAACUCUAUCCAUGGGAAUGUUUUAUCUUUCAUGACGUUGAUCUUCUACCUGAAGACGACCGCAACUUGUACUCUUGUCCAACAAUCCCACGGCAUAUGAGUGUAGCUGUAGACAAAUUCAAUUAUAAGUUACCAUACACGGCAAUCUUCGGAGGAAUCAGCGCAAUGACUGUUGAUCAGUUGCAUGCAAUAAACGGUUUUUCGAAUCGUUACUGGGGUUGGGGAGGUGAAGACGAUGAUCUGGCUGACAGGGUUUCAAGGGAAGGCUACAAGAUAGCACGAUAUCCAGCCCAGAUAGCUCGAUACAAGAUGAUCAAGCAUGUCCAUGAAUCUAAAAGCAACCCCAUAAACAAAUGUCGAUAUAAAUUAAUGGCACAAACAAAAAAGCGGUAUAAAAGUGACGGAUUAAACUCACUCAAAUACGAGUUUUCACGAAAACUGUUCCCCACGUCUAUACUCCCGGGUUCUAUGCCUUUCUUGCGAUUCGUUGUUGUCUGUGAUCAUGUUUUGCAUAAAAGAUUUGUACAAGUGUAA